GAUAUUAACUGGAACUGUAUCGCCACGUGUUGAGAUUUGCGAAUAGGUGAAAUUCGGGUUUAUGUGGAUUUCUGAAAUACGGAUUGUGAUAUUUUCUCACCAUAUUUAAAGUAGCAGAUUCUACUUGAAAUAGUAAGUCACAAAAUGAAAAUCUUACAUUCUUCCCAAACAGUUAAAAUUCCUAAAGGAGUCCAGGUAAAGGUAAAAUCCCGAAUAGUUACUGUUCGCGGACCUCGUGGCGAUAGUAAGCGUAGCUUUCGGCAUGCCCAAGUUGAUAUCGCUCUUCUUGGAAAAGACAAGUUAAGUGUAACAAAAUGGUUCGGAAUUCGUAAAGAAUUGGCAACUGUCCGAACCGUUUGCACUCAUAUUGAAAACAUGAUAAAAGGCGUGACACUUGGCUAUCAGUAUAAAAUGAGAUCAGUGUAUGCUCAUUUUCCCAUCAAUGUCACUACUUCCAAAGAUGGUUCAUUGGUUGAAAUCCGAAAUUUCCUUGGAGAGAAAAUCAUUCGACGUGUUCAAAUGCAACCUGGGGUAACGUGCACGAAUUCCACUCAACAGAAAGAUGAACUUAUCCUGGAAGGCAGUGAAAUCGAAGCAGUAUCAAGAUCAGCAGCUUUAAUCCAUCAGUCAACAUUGGUCAAGAACAAAGAUAUUCGAAAAUUUUUGGAUGGUAUUUAUGUUUCUGAGAAAACUACUGUGGUUAAACCACAACUGUAAUGUAAAACAUUGCCUGAUUAUUUGAUUAAAUUAAUAUUCUAAAUUAAA